AGCAACACUGGAACCUAAUGUGCAGGAGAAAAAUGACAUACUUGAAGCUACUGCUAAUUUUUUUUGAGAGACGAACUGCUGCAUAGAGACCUUGCCAUUCACUGAGCCUAUGCAUGUUGUAUUUAAAGGCUUUGCGACAGAAUAUUUUGAAUAUGUUAAAAGCACUCUUCCAAAUUAUGUACCUGCAUUUGCAAACACACAAGGCUAUUUAAUUAUUGGAGUGGAUGAUAAGAGGACAGUGGUUGGAUGUCAAGAGGAUGUGAAUGUUGACAGGUUACAUAUGGAAGUAAUUCAUGGCAUUGAGAAUUUGCCUAUCUAUUAUUUCUGCAAAGCAGGGGGAAAAGUGAAAUAUGAAAUCAAAAUCUUGGAUGUAUAUGAUGCAUCUAGAAAAAAAUAUGGUUAUGUUUCUGCUGUGAAAAAUGAGCUGUUUUGUUGUGUCGUGUUUUCAUGCAACCCUGAUUCAUGGAUUGUGAAGGGCCAGUUUGUCAAGAGACUGACAGUCAUGGAAUGGACAGAUGUGAUGGUGGCUGCUGACCCAGAUCUUUCCAAAUUGGCUACAGACUUCAUGACUCAGCUAAGUGUGUCAGGUGCACCUCCGCUGGCCAAACCAAUUUAUUCAAAGCAAGGCCUCAGCUGUUUGGAAGAUCUGCAAAAUCAUCUUUUUGCAGGUACAGUGGAGUGAGCAUGUUUCAAAAGUUUUUGGAAAUUAAGAGAGGCUGGAUGAUUGGGAAGGGAAGGGGAGAAGAGACUACUACUAUGUAUUCCAAUCACAAACUGUCAGCUUUAACCCUGAGGCUGUAAAUCAGGGGUGGGCAAAAUAUGGCCCAUGGGCUGGAU